AUGUUCAGUUUUCAUAAACCAAAGAUCUACCGUUCUGUGAACGGAUGCUGCAUUUGUCGAGCCAAAUCAUCCAGCUCCCGCUUCACGGACUCUGCUAAGUAUGAAUCCGAGUUUGAGAAAUGUUUCAAAAUCAAGGAACGCCGCGCCGGUGAAAUAUGCAACGCAUGCGUGCUGCUCGUCAAACGUUGGAAGAAACUGCCUCCUGGCACAACUCGGCAUUGGAAUCAUGUGGUGGAUGCGCGGGCAGGUCCCGGGACCAAAGGCGCUCACAUGGGACGAAUCACAAAUCCCAACCGUUCGAAAGCCACCAAGAUAAAUAAGAAGAAACCUCUUAGGCCGCCGAGGAGGCUCCGUGAAAUCGAAUCUCUUCAAGACAGCCUUGCUGGAGUUUAUGGAGAAGAACGAAUGAAGAGGUCGUCGAGAAGGAAUAGCGAUGGCUUCACAUACUACGAGGAUAAUGACUUCGAUAGCGACAGCUCUGUAGAUUCUGAUAGGCUAGAAGCGGAACCCGAGACGCCUGAAGUCAGCACAGCGUCCUCGGCGGAGGAAGAUGAAGAGGAGUGGGAUCCUGGUCAAGACGGACGGAAAAUCAAGGAACAAAAUCGACAGAAAAAGAGACAAUUCAAGUCACAACAUAACCUGAAGAUGUCCUCGUUCAUCGACAGCUCUUUCUGGAGAAAGGAACGUAUAUGCUGCGGUGUGGUUUUCAAGGGCCCUCACGACGAGCUCUUGAUCUAUCCGAAACUACUCAAACCCUGUCCGUGUCGAUUGCGGAGGAAUUCAACAUCCAGCCAGCUGUCGCAUUCGCAGGAUUCCAACAGUUCCGUUUGUGCUACGCCGAACUCGGAUGUCCUACUGCCAACUAGUCCCGAGUCUCUCACGACUUCGGAUUCCUUCCCAUCAGCGUUCGCCGCCAAGAACCUCCAGCAAGCCGUGGCUGUUCCGAAUAGCCCUACGGCAGAGCCCUUCUUCUGA